AUGUGUAGCCGCCUCGACAAGCUACGCCGGGUGGUCACUGACAUCAUGCUUGACGAUGACGUCACGAAGAAGGCCGACCGCGAUCUCCUUCUGAGAGACGGCGAGUGGGGCAUCGUUGCCGACAUAUUCACAGUCCUUGGGCCGUUCACUCACGUGACCACCUUCAUGAGUAAGGACAAGGACGUAUCCAUCGGGGAGAUGUUUCCCAUCGUGUAUAGUUUGGUUGGGACAGUGUUGCAGCCCUGCAAAAAUGACACAGCGCUGGUCGCCUCGAUGAAGACCACUUUCCGGGAUGAGAUGACGGAGAGGUUCAAGGCAGGCCGAGAUGAAACUGCCGAGUCCCUCCCGAUGCUCGCCUCACUUCUGGACCCUCGAUAUAAGAAGUUAAGCUUCCUGCCCAGGCAGCUACGACGAAGGACACACACCAUGCUGGAGGACCGCCUUGACGAUGUCCCGCUCAAGGUCAGCUCGCGCAAUGACUGUGCCACACCUGCUAAGCGACCACGGCUUGAGUUCAUGGUCACAUCCCCGGAGUCAUCGGUGAAGGACGAUCUUCAGCUGUACCUUGCCGAGAAGAUGGAUGAUGCAACACCAGCCCUCGAGUGGUGGCGGCGCAACGAGAACCGUUUUCCGAAGGUCGCGCAAGUGGCCCGUAGCGUCCUCGCGGUUCCCGCUACAUCUGUGCCAUCGGAGCGCGUAUUUUCGUCCGCCGGGCUUGUUCUGAACAAGUUGCGCAACAGACUUAACAGUGACAUUGUUGAUGUCAUCUUGUUCCUAAACAAGAACAUGCGUUCUGUGAAGUGUGACACUGAGUGA